AUGUCCGGUAGAGGAAAAGGUGGAAAAGGUCUAGGAAAGGGAGGUGCUAAGAGACACAGAAAGAUCCUUAGAGAUAACAUCCAAGGUAUCACUAAACCAGCCAUCAGAAGACUUGCCAGAAGAGGUGGUGUCAAGAGAAUUUCUGCUUUGAUUUACGAAGAAGUCAGAGCUGUCCUCAAGUCCUUUUUGGAGAACGUUAUCAGAGAUGCUGUUACCUACACCGAGCACGCUAAGAGAAAGACCGUUACUUCCUUGGACGUUGUCUACGCUUUAAAAAGACAAGGAAGAACUUUGUACGGUUUCGGUGGUUAA